GGGCGGCGCACGGUGGUGGAGGCGGCGGCGGCGGCGCUGCUGGGGCUGCGGGAGGGAGGUGGCUGCGCGGUGCGGGCUGUUGUUGUUGCGCUGCCCGCGGCUCCCCCCCGCGCCCCGCCCGGCUCGGCUCGGCUCGGCUCGCAGCGCCCGGAGGCCCGGCAGCAUGAGCGACAACGAUGACAUCGAGGUGGAGAGCGACGAAGAGCAGCCGAGGUUUCAGUCUGCGGCUGACAAGAGGGCGCACCACAACGCGCUGGAGCGCAAGCGCAGGGACCACAUCAAAGACAGCUUCCACAGUCUGCGGGACUCCGUCCCGUCCCUCCAGGGAGAGAAGCAACAGGCAUCCCGGGCCCAAAUCCUCGACAAAGCCACCGAGUACAUCCAGUACAUGCGCCGGAAAAACCACACACACCAGCAGGACAUCGACGACCUCAAGCGCCAGAACGCGCUGCUGGAGCAGCAAGUCCGGGCGCUGGAGAAAGCGCGGUCGAGUGCCCAGCUGCAGGCCAACUACUCCUCGUCGGACAGCAGCCUCUACACAAACCCCAAGGGCAGCGCCAUCUCCGCCUUCGACGGCGGCUCCGACUCCAGCUCCGAGUCGGAGCCGGAUGAGCCUCAGAGCCGAAAGAAACUGCGCAUGGAGGCCAGCUAGACGCCUGGCAGCGACGGACUGGCCCCGGCCGCCCCGGCGCCGUUAGCCCCCUGCCCGCCCGCUCUGUAAGGACUCUCCCUUCUCUAGUAGAGGCUCUCGGACUGCAGCUUUCUGCCCCUCCCCGCCCCGCCGGGCCCGGCAGCGUUUCCUCGGGGCCAGCCGGACGCUCGGCCUUUGGCUAGACUCUGGGCAGCGCUCGGCUCGGAGGAGACGCCCCCGCAAGUCGCCCGGGCCAUUUUCUACGAGUGUUUCUAUUUAUACUAACGCGCCCCGUGAAUCUGAGCCGCUGGGGGGAGGGGCAGAGAGCAGCGGUGCCCGUCUGGCGCGCCCAGAGCCAGCCUCUCCUCGCCGUUCGGGAAGGGCCCCACACUGCCCUGGCAGAAGUCAGGCCUCUGGCCUCCCGCUGUGAUGCGCGAGGGGGGGGGAGGGGAGGAGUUUUUUUAUCUCGGGUGAAUGGUGAUGAAUUGCUAUUUAUUUCCUGCUCUCGGUUCGAUCCGGCCAGACUCUGCCGCCGCCUCCGCCCCCGGAGGCCCAGGCGACAGAUUCGUAGAGUAAUGAUCAAAUUCCCUUGCGCGCGGGCGUCCCUCAGCCGCCCGCCUUUCGGAUGUAAAUACACCCCAAGCGUUAGAGCUGGUACUAAUAACGGCUGCGUGGUGCUGGCCUCGGCCCAGGGCAGCCGGGCUCCGGCCCAGCGGGGUGCGAAGGGGGCACCGGGGCUGGGCCUGGCGACGGCCAGCGCGUGUGUAUGUGUGUCUGUCCCUCUCUUUCCGUCCUGUCUUCUCCCUGCUCCCCCCGUCCCUGGUUCGUGGCGUUCUCCGAUCUCUAGUGCACACCAUGUAGCAGGCUCCCUGGCCAGGGCCUGGCUCCCUCCGGCGGAGCUGAAGUAUGUUGUACAUACUGCCCCAGAAGUGUCUUGCAAGUUAAGGCUUCCCCUUUACUAUGAGACUAUAAAUAAAAAUCUUAUUUUAUCCUU